UGGUUUUAAUUGUCAGAAAAAUAUUGAACAAACAGUUGCUCAGAAGUAGGAAAAAGGAGAGUUAAAAAACUCACCAAAUCUCAACUACUUGUUUGAAGCUAUAAUAAUGAAGAAAAAGGGUAUGAUCCUUUGGAUCUUAUUCACAUUUGUUGUGGAUAAAAUUAAACCUUUUUCUCCUUAGCUUUCCCUUUUCUUUUUAACAUUUUUAGCAACAGUUCUACAAAAUGGUAUCAACUUUUUUCAUAAAAAGGCUCUUUUUUUGGCACCCCAAAUUCCUUUUUCCCAUGCUAAUAAAAACCAUGUAUUUUACCACAGAUAAAGACUACAGCUUGAACAAAAAAAAAAAAUUCAGGUACUUUUUAACUUUCUCUGUAUGUUUUUUCUUUUUUCAUUUUUCUUCCUCCAUAGAUCUUCAUCUCUUGUUUUCCAUAGUUUCUACAUACAUAAGUAAAUUUCAGUGAGUGAAUAUGGAGAAAGUAUCAAUUCAACAAAUCUUUUGCAAGCUGUGUUAUUUGCUACCUUUUGUUCUUGUUCUUGUUCUUGUUCUCUUUUCACUCUUAUACUUCUUUUCAGUUUUUGAAUCCUUUCCUCUUUCUCUUUUUACAACACUGGUUGCUCUUUUCACCACUUUGUUUCUUGUCACAUUGACAAGGACAAAAUGGUCCAUAGAUGAAAAGAAUCUAAUCCAAGAUGUUACUAAAGAAAGUGAAAUCAAUGCUGAUGAGAAGUAUGAAGAACAACAUGAUGAUCAAGAUUCAGAAAGUCAAAGUACAAGUAGUUUUGAGAAUGAUCAAGAAAGAAGUGAAAAUUAUGGCAUGAUUUCUAAUAGUGAUGUUGAAGAGGAGGAGGAAGAGGAAGAUAGCUUGAUUGAAAUCAAACUUCCAAACAGGUACUUGGUUGAGGAACCUAACCAAAAAUUUGAGUCUAAUUUGACAGAGUUGUUCUUGCCAGAAUACAUGUUCAAGCAGAAGGGUCUAAUGGAUCUAUUAGAAGAAAUCAAUGAGAUAAAUGAGGAUGAAAAUUUAAUUGAAAUUGAUAUUUCAAUGGGAUCUACCAAAUGUCAAGAUUUUAGAGUAAAGAAGGAAUUGGCAUAUUAUGGAGCAGAUCAAUGUGUUCUUAGUGAUUGAUAGAGAUAUUUCAAUCUUAUGCUGCCAUUAUUUCAGGUCUUGUUGUGUAGCAAAUUUUCCACUUUACUAAUUUUUGCACCUAAAUUAGAAAAUUGGAGUCCUUUUUUUUAAUCUUUUUGCAGCUAAUUAUGUAAAAAAUUUGAGCCCACAAAACAUAGUAUGAUGAUAUUUUGUUUAUAGUCAUGAUUCUAAUCCGAAAAAGAAGAACAUUAUUGAGUGGGUGCA